AUGGACGGUGACAGCUCCGGCUCCAGCAUUCCGGGCCAUGCGCCCGCUCAUGCGGCUCAUCCUCAUUCUCAUUCUCACGGCCACAGUCAUGGUCAUGGUCAUGGCCAAGCCCAUGGUCAUUCCCCGGGAGAGCGGUCCGACGCCAUCUCUGACGCGGGAGCCCAAAAUCGUCCCCGCAAAUUUGUGAUACAAAGCACCUUUGGAGUCCCACGAGAGAGGAGGAGUCGCAAGAGUCGUCCAUGUGAUGCAUGUCGCCGCCGGAAGACUGCAUGUAUCAUCACUACGGAGCCCCCAUGUGCCUUUUGUAAGAGUAGGGGGAUAGUGUGUCAGUCUACAUCGACGACGGACGGACCACCUGUGAGGCAACAGUCUGGUUCAGACCAUGGUUCAACGCAACCUGCAAGCACAAACCACUCUCUCCAGGAUUUCAGCCCCGGUGGCCCAGGAGAACGGGAUUCGACAGAUAAUCUGGCCAGUCCGAACACUACAAAGUCCAGCCCUAGACCUGUCACUUCACCUUCCACUGUCUCAGUCUCAGCAGCCAGCGACUACUCAUCCCGCCAAGGCUAUGAGACCAAUUAUGCAGGAUACUCGUCAUCAACCUACCCUCGGGGUAGGCUGAAGUCCGAUACGGACACCAGCACUACAAGCAUGGAUAUUGUGCAACCAACCCUGAACUCCCCAGAGUCGUCGGGUACCAGUGGCUCGGUUCAUACCUUGGAAGACAACCCGGGCAGGGCCACGUACUUCCUGGGGCGCACCGCCGAGCAAGAUCCUUUCGUUCUUGAUGCCUUUAGCUAUGGCAUUCUGAGCGAAACAGCAACCGUCGACGCCAAUGUAGUCCAGCUGCACCGUGGGGGCUCAGAUGUAGACGACCUUCCUCUGCAUUUUCUGUUCCUAUCCAUGGGCCACCCCAAGCACACCAAUGAAACCCGAGAGCAAGCUUCAGACGCCAUCGAAACUAAGGUGUGGCCUCACGCAGACGUCCUCGUCUGGCUGUAUUUUAAGCAUGUACAUCCAGUGCUGCCGAUUGUCUCCAAGGUUCGCUUUCUUCGCCGCUACUCAACUAACAGAAAGUCGAUACCGGGAUGUCUACGAGGCGCGGUGUAUGCUUUGGCAUCCGUUUUCUGGGCGGAGGACCCAAACACUCGCCGUGGAGACCGGUUCCCAUUGGAACAGCAUGAGAUCGUGGAUCAGGCUCACAGGGCACUCCGCAGAGAGAUCGAGAAUCCCAACUUCUUUGUUUUACAGGCGUGCUUGCUCCUUAUCCACAUUCAACCUCCUUCUAUAGAUGCAAUGGAAGCACCAUCUACAUUCACGUUGAGUGCACAGGCCACGGCUUGUGCUCAGUUGAUCGGCCUGCACCAAGACCCGGGCGAGUGGAACUUGGAGAUUAUCGAAAAGAAGCUGAGGAAGAAACUCUGGUGGGCGACGUUUGUGACAGAUUGCUGGGCAGCUGUUUCGCAUGGCAACCCCCCGCAUAUCGGCGAGACUUCUUACAACACUACUAUGCUGGAUAUCGAUGACCUUCGGUGCGAUGAAGAUGUACCCGAGGACUUGCGUCAUCUUGUGGACAGCACAAACUGGAUGUUCGAUGUUGCGUCGGGUGCUCGAUUUUUGGAAACGAUAAAGAUUACUCGAUCACUUCGUGGAGUCAUAGACUCUAGCUUCCAAGUCGACAUGAAGUCACCAAACGUGGUUCAACGUCUAGCAUCUCGAGACCAACUCGCCGAGAUACAGGAGAAAUUGAAGGACUGGCCAAGUCUAAUUCCGUCAUGUCUUGUUGUUCCUCGGAACAGAGACCCAACAGUCUCUUGCUUUAACUGCCCGCUUCAUCUCACCUUCUAUGCAUCCAAGGUCCUCCUCUACCGCGCGUUGAUGCACCCUGCGACUAAGGCUGCGAAGUCUGAUCCCAACUCCAAUCUAAGGCAAUGGUUUCCCUAUGCGAUUGCUGACUUUGCCGGGUUCUCCGAAUUUUUCGUCAGCAUUAAGCCCGGUGAUUUGAGAGGCUUCUGGGGUCGUCAUGCUCGAUGUCAGUUGAUUCUCUGUGGAAACUUCUUGGUGUACCUGUUCCUCAUGGCAGCGGAGAAGGAGCACAUCGAGGCUGCGCACAGGAUGCUGGAAAGCUUUCGAGUCAAAGUCAACAAGAUAGCCGACACGGAUCAUAUUCCAACGCGAGCCUUGAUACGCGCCACGGCAAUCCGCACAAAUUCCUUCUUUGCACAGGCUGCAGCAGUUAUGCGCCACGGUCCUGAAGCAUCUAUCACGGAACCCAUCACGAUCUGUGGAGUAGAUGGGCCAAUUACAGGACAAGUCAAUGCGCAGAUUCCUCAGAGUUUCACGUCCUGA